AUGUCGAUUCGAACAGCGGCGCGGCGUCUGCCGCUACCAACCCGCAGUCGUGCAGCCGUCUGUAGCCGUUCAUUCUUCACACUGCCCAACAAUAACAGCCAGACACUCACAGCUACGAGAACGCUGCCGUAUAGGCAGGACCAGCUGUACGAGCUCGUCGCCGACGUGGACUCAUACGCGCAAUUCGUGCCCUACUGCGCCCGGUCCCGCGUCACGCAGUGGUCCGCACCGGACGAGGCCGGCCGCACGUGGCCAGCACUGGCCGACCUGCACGUCGGCUGGGGGGGCCUCAACGAGGAGUUUACGAGCCGCCUGCGCUGCGUGCCCGGCGUAUCCGUCGAGGCUGUCAGCGGCGAUCCGGCCGGAACGUCUUCUGCGCCGGACGCAUCGGCUGUCUUCAAGAGUCUCGUCACGCGCUGGUCGCUGCGGCCGCUCACGGUGCAGCCGUCGCCGUCUACGGAAGUGAAUCUCAGCAUCAAAUACCAGUUCACCAACCCUCUGUACGCGGCCGUCAGCGCUGCUGUCUCGGACAAGGUCGCAGCUCUCAUGAUUGAAGCAUUUGAAAAGCGGGCAAGGGAACAACUCAAUCAUAGCGAUCGAGCGUGA